AUGGCAGAAGAAAACAACUCCAAGGCAGAGCCUGGAUCCCAGGACACUUCCAGGAAUGUGAACCAGCAUAAGACAUCAAUGCAAUCCCAUUCCUGGUUUAUGGAGAUGCUGUUACGCAGAUUGAGGGUCAUUGAUGCCAACAAGGGUGACAAGUUUGCUCCCAUCCUGGAUGUGGUGGGGGAGUUUGGCACGUUCCAGCGGAGGCUGGUGGCCCUCACCUUCAUCCCCAACAUCAUAUCCGGCUUCUUCCUGUUUGUUGAUCAGUUCGUGUUGGAAGCCCAGAAGCCAUAUUGCAACACCAGCUGGAUCCUGGCCGUGGGCCCCAACCUGUCAGAGGCUGAGCAACUGAAUCUGACCCUGCCCCGAGAACCCAAUGGCUUUCAGACAUGCUGAAUGUACUUACCUGUGUCCUGGGAUCUAGAUUCUAUUAUCCAAUUUGGCCUCAGCUACACAGACACAUGCCAACAUGGGUGGAUCUAUCCUGGUGCCAGGAAGCGAUCGCUAAUCAAUGAGUUUGACCUGGUGUGUGGCAGGGAGCUGUACAAGGACACCGUGCUAGUGGGGCUCCUGAUAGGCUGUUUCAUGUUCGGGCUCAUAAGUGACAAGAUGGGCCGCUACCCUGCCACCCUGCUGUCGCUGCUCAUGCUGACCGUCUUCGGCUUCGGGACAGCCUUCGUGAACAGUUUUAACCUGUAUUUGUUCUUCUGCUUCUGCGCCUCACAGGCUUUGGUGGGCUAUGCCAUCAGCAGCAUGAGUUUAGUCACCGAGUGGCUAGGGGGUGAGCACCGGGCCCACGGCAUCAUCCUGGCACACUGCUUUUUCAAUGUGGGGAUCCUGUUCCUGACCGGGCUUGCCUACAGCAUUCCCCACUGGCGGCUGCUGUUUCUGGUGGGCGGGCUACCUGUGUUCCCCCUCAUCUUCUAUAUCUGGUUUCUCCCGGAGUCCCCGCGGUGGCUGAUGAUGAAAGGCAAGGUGAAGGAGGCCAAGGAGUUGCUGUGCUACGCAGCCGCUGUGAACAAGACCAUUCCUACAAGUCUGCUGGAUGAGCUACAGCUGCCCAGAACGAAGACCACCGCCUCUGUCCUGGACUUCUAUAGCAACAGGCAACUCUGCAUGAUGACCUUGGUGUUGAACAUUGUGUGGUUUACCAGCAGCUACGGCUAUUUCACCCUGCAAAUCAUGAUGAAAGAGAUCGGCGUCAACAUCUACCUCAGACAGGUGGUCUUUGGCCUCAUGGAGGUGCCUGCCCGGCUGUGCUGCAUCUUUCUCGUGGAGCAGGUUGGCAGAAAGUGGAGCCUGGCUGUGACUCUCCUCCAAGCUUCCCUUGUGUACCUGGUCCUCAUGUGCAUCCCUGCAGGUCCGAAAUCCACGAUGGUCUUGGUGAUCAUGCUUGGACAGUUCAGCCUGGCCGCCACUGCCACUGUGUUCCUCAUCCACACUGCUGAGCUCUUCCCCACCGUCCUCAGGUCUACAGGUCUGGGGCUUGUGACUCUGCCCUGGGUGGCUGGAGCCAUGUCGUCCCUGACAAUCAUAAGACACGGCCCCUCCAUUCUGCCCUUCUUCCUCUGCCUCGUCUCAGCCAUCAUGGCUUUGGGCUUCUCCUCCCUGCUGCCAGAAUCUGGAAAUCAGCCCCUCUGCGAUAGCCUGGAGCACUUCCCACACUUAAGGAACAUGAGCAAGGAAGACGUGUCUGAUGAAACAUCUGAUGACCCGUCUACUGACGUGUCUCCGGAAGCAUCCAGGAACGCCAUUCUCAAUGCCCAGAUCCUGAGACUGGACCUACAACCUCUUGCCAAAACUGCCUUGAAGGAAUUCAGAGGCCAGGAAGAAAGCAAGCAGGAGCCCUGA